AUGGCAAACUCUAUACCCAUUAUUUGCUUCUUCAAUGGGAGCCUCGGCGUCGGAUUGAAUAGUAUGCCGAUGUAUGAGGGAGGUUCUAGGAAAAUGUUUAUGCUAUCCAAGUCAUUAAAUUUUGAUGGAAUGAUGAAUGAAAUACACAGAGUUACGAAAAUUAAUAAAGCAUGGUAUGCAAUUAAAGUGUUCUUCAAUUGUCCGAUAAAUGAGAGUAGAACUAUUGCUGUGGCGAUUACCGACGAUGAGGAAUUGAAUGACAUGAAACAAUUAGUGGAGAAGCAAGUGUCAGUUGAGUUGUUCAUUGAGAAGUAUCCGAUUCAAGAAUUUGCCCAAGCUUCACGACCACAAGGAGAGUUUUCUCGGAUGAUGGACUUAGACAAUGAGUCGAGUGGUUUUAUGACAUCUCGAGAAUGGUCUAUCAAAAAUCGGGUCAAAUUCAAGCCUGUAAAAACUAAUACAACCAACUACUAUGUAAAAUGUUAUUUCAACGAGAAGAAUGAAGUAGAGCAUGCAAAUGAGCAAGAUGAGAGAAACAGGAAAUGUCCUUGGUUGCUAAAUGCCGCUGUGAGGAAAUCAACAAAUGGGCAAUUUGUAAUAUCUAGAUAUUGCGGGCUUCAUACAUGUUGCAAUCCGUCGGUGGACGUCGAUCAUUAUUCUGCAUCUUCCUCUUAUAUAUGUAAGCUAAUUAUGCCUGAAGUUAGAGCUGAACUUGAUCUAAAUGCAAGUCAGAUAUUUCAAAGGGUAUAUGAUAUGCGGGGCAUUAAGAUAUCUAAAUAUAAGGCAUAUGAUGCAAGGAGGAAAGCGUUGUCGAAAAUAUUUGGAGAUUGGGAAAAAUCUUAUGAAUUACUUCCACAGUAUCUUGAAGCUAUCAAACGAAAUAAUCCGGGUACUGAAUAUGAAAUAUUGUCUGAAGAGAUUGCACCGGGGAUGGAGAGGUUCACUCGAGUAUUUUGGGCAUUUGGUCCGGCUAUUAAGGGCUUCACUUUUUGUCGUCCGUUAUUGAGCAUUGACGGUACGCAUCUAUAUGGCAAGUACAAAGGCGUGCUUCUUGUGGCGACCGGUGUAGAUGCAAAUGGCGGUUUAUUUCCUCUAGCAUUUGCAGUUGUGGAGGUAGAGGAUACUUCUAGUUGGAAGUGGUUCUUUGAACUUAUAUACAAGUGGAUUCCUAGUGUCCGUGCGCCCAGAUUAAUUACUUUUAUCUCAGAUAGGAUGAAAGGAAUUAUAAGGGCAUUACAUGAGGGUUUUGGUGCACCACAUCACCAUCGAUAUUGUUUGAGGCAUAUAAGAGAUAAUUUUAAGAAAAAACACGGUGAGAUUAAUUUGCAAAAUCUUUUGUGGCAAGCUGGGUGUGCAACCGAUACAUUAGUGUAUGAACAUUGUAGAGAGAAGAUCAAGUCUUUGUCAUUAGAUGCACAUAAUUGGAUUGAACAUAACUUGAAGCCUCAAUUCGAGCAUCGAUGGGCAUUAUGUAAGGAUGAGGGUGUGCGGUUUUGCAUGAUGACAACUAAUUGCUCCGAGAGCUUUAACGGCGUUCUUAAAGGAGCACGAGCUAUGCCAAUACAAUCAUUGGUUGCAAGAACGUUCUAUAGGCUAAACUCAUACUUCAACAAAAGGCGUGAGGACGGUGUAGACUGGACAACGCGUUACACACCAAAGAAUGAGUCUAUUUUGCAUAGAAGAAUUGAGGCGGCAAGAUUAUGUCAAAUUACUGUAUUCAAUGACAAUGAAUGGCAGGUACAGGAUUAUGACGGUAUCUACACCGUUAAACUGUUUGAUGUUGAUUGCACUUGCACAUGUAACAUACCACAACUUCAAAAAAUACCUUGUGCACAUGUUCUUGCGGCUUCCUCCAAUCAGCCGGGUGGUGCGAGAAUUCCAUAUAAUCGGUAUUGUUCACCAUGGUAUUCAACAAUUCAUUACCGAAAGACAUACAGUGAGAGUUUUCAUCUACCCGAUGAUAGUCGGUAUUGGCCCGAAUAUACUGGACCACGGUUAAUUCCACCUCAAUACAAGAGACAAGCAGGUCGACCACGAUCUGUACGAAUUAGGGGAACCAUGGAUCAAGGACGAGAAGGAAUUGUCAAGCAUAAAAAAUGUAGUCUUUGCAAACAACCGGGACAUACUCGACCUCGUUGUCCAGCUAGACUCAAUAGAUAG